GAGUGGAGCAGGCACUAAAAUGGCAAGACCAAUGGUUGAGUGUCGGCCCAGUAUAUAAACAGGGAGCAAAGACCUUCAGAACUGGGUGACCCCUAAUUUGGCCGCAGUGAACAGGAUCUGAUCCCAAGGACUGUUACCUCUAUUCUUGUCUAGUGUGCAGUGUUAGAAAAGCAACCAUGCCUUUCGGAAACACCCACAACAACUUCAAGCUCAACUACAAAGUUGAGGAUGAGUAUCCUGACUUGUCCAAGCACAACAACCACAUGGCCAAGGUUCUGACCAAGGAAAUGUAUGGCAGGCUGAGGGACAAGCAGACACCUAGUGGCUACACCGUGGAUGAUGUCAUCCAGACUGGUGUUGACAACCCCGGUCACCCCUUCAUCAUGACUGUUGGCUGUGUUGCUGGUGAUGAAGAGUCCUACGAGGUUUUCAAGGAACUGCUGGACCCCAUCAUCUCUGACCGUCAUAGUGGAUACGGCCCCAAUGACAACCACAAGACGGAUCUGAACUUCGAGAACCUGAAGGGUGGUGAUGACUUGGACCCCAACUACGUUCUGUCCAGCCGUGUCCGUACUGGCCGCAGCAUCAAGGGAUUCACUCUGCCACCCCACAACAGCCGUGGCGAGCGCAGAAUAAUUGAGAAGCUGUCCGUCGAGGCUCUGACCAGCCUGGAUGGUGAGUUCAAGGGAAAAUACUUUCCCCUGAAGUCUAUGACUGACGCUGAACAGGAGCAGCUCAUCGCUGAUCACUUCCUGUUUGACAAGCCCGUCUCCCCCCUUCUCACUUGUGCUGGCAUGGCCCGUGACUGGCCUGACGCCAGAGGCAUCUGGCACAACGACAACAAGACUUUCUUGGUCUGGGUGAAUGAGGAGGAUCACCUGCGUGUCAUCUCCAUGCAGAAGGGUGGCAACAUGAGGGAGGUCUUCAAGCGUUUCUGUGUUGGCCUUCAGAAGAUUGAGGAGAUCUUCAAGAAGCACAACCACGGCUUCAUGUGGAACAAGCAUCUGGGUUACAUCCUAACAUGCCCCUCCAACCUAGGGACUGGUCUGCGUGGUGGCGUCCAUGUCAAGCUGCCUAAGCUGAGCACGCACCCCAAGUUCGAGGAGAUCCUCACCAGGCUGCGUCUGCAGAAGCGCGGCACAGGUGGUGUAGACACCGCCUCCGUGGGCGGUGUGUUCGACAUCUCCAACGCCGAUCGUCUGGGCUCCUCUGAGGUCCAACAGGUCCAGAUGGUGGUUGAUGGUGUCAAGCUGAUGGUGGAAAUGGAGAAAAAGCUGGAGAAGGGAGAGGCCAUUGACAGCAUGAUCCCUGCUCAGAAGUAAAGAGGAACAAUCAUGUUUCCCCCCCCAUGACCAUGUCAUGUGCAAUCGAGCCAACUGGUGUGCAUGCAGGGGACACGACAGCUCAUUGAGAGACUCUUGACUCUGCUCACGUCCUAUUUGUCCUUCCAGCUUUUUCACAUUCUCUCUCGUGUUGGUCGGUAACAUCCUAGGAUCGAUCCCCACUCGGCUAGGCUUGCCUGGCAAACGUGGCAUUACCUACUUUGUGGUAUAAAAAGUAAUUAUUAUUGGAACUGUUCACUGCUCAAUAAAAAAAAAAGCCCCAUUCACAAAUUCA